UCAGAAAAAACGCAUCCUCCUUUAUAACAUUCCACAUAAUCACCCUGCGACAACAACAACGUUUAAGGUAACAUCAUUAAUUUUCAUGUGUGUUGUUCAGCUAUAAAAAAAGGUCCAAUGUCCCUAAAUUUUUCAAUCAUCAGGUUCUGGGUUGAUCACUGGUUGAAACCUGAGAACCUAUAUUCCUUAUUACUACCUUCUCUUCCUCUCCAAAUUUUUCUCCGCUUAAAUUAUAUUUCCCAAUGGCCAAGAGAGCUAGAAGCGACUCACUGGCAUUGUCAUCAGUGUCAUCAGUGUCACUGCUUCCUCGCAUUUUCGAAGAACUUCCUCUUGAAAUUUUGUUGCACGUUUUCUCUUUCUUGCCCAUUAAAGUGGCAGCGCAGAAUUGCACCCAGGGAUCCAAGUUCCGGAAUUGCAAGCAAUUCAAUCGCAAAUUCAUAUUCGGCAGAGAGUUAGCGAUGCGACGCAACCGCGAAUCCGUCGCUAAAUUAGUGGAUCACCUGUUCGACACACACAAGGGUGAUCUGAUCGAUUCAUUUCAGCUCCACAUCGACCCAGUUGAAAUUGAAGAGUUGCUUGACAAGUGGCUCAGAAUCUGUGUCGAGAAGAAAAUCCAGGAUCUCGAAUUGUAUUUUCUCCGACCGGGAUACACACUCACCGAGGAUUUUCUCAACCAGCUCAAAAAUUUGAGCUCUUUGAAGCUUGUCCACUGCGAAUUCGAGUUACCACUCAAGCUCCAAAGUUUGACCAAUCUGAGAAGUUUGAUUCUGUGGCAUGUCCCGCUCAGGAAUGAAAGGCUUCAGACUUUGAUAGUCCGAUGUAGGAUGCUUCAGACAAUUGAUUUGCUUCACUGCGCUGAACUUUCCCGUGUGGAGAUCUAUGCGGCCGAGCAUAGAUAUUUCAAGAUGUUGAGAAUAGCUGGGUGUAAUAAUUUGUCAAUGGUUGAGGUUGUUUCCCCAACUCUUCGGUGUGUGCACUAUUGUGGGCACGUACCAAGCACAAUAACAUUCCAGGCACCUCAAUUGAGUGAGGCCUUGUUCAAUUUUGUGCCUGCUGGGAACAGAAGGUACUUGCGGGCUUCUGUGCUGGAAAAGCUGGUCUGUGAUAUCUCUAAUGUCACUGUUCUUUCAGCUUCAGUCCUUAUUCCUGAGGCUUUGACGGCUAAGAUUCAUCAUGGAGUUUUUGGAGAAAUAUGUUAUAAUUUUUUGAAUCUCCGGGAGCUUCACCUGAUAAUGAAUGGAGGACUUUUUUGUAAUCCAUACGAUAUCAUCAUGUUAAUGAAACGGUGUCCUAUUCUGGAGAAAUUAUUCAUCGAUAUUGAUGAUUACAAUUUUGAAUGUGGACCGUAUUGGGAAUUGCAUCAGAAGCCUAAGCUGGACAAACUUGAUCACUACUUUGAUCGGCUCAAAUAUAUUAAGCUCAAGGGUUUCAAGUUUCUACAGUCUGAACUUCAACUGGUAAAGAUCCUUCUGAGCAAAGCAACCCAUUUGGAGGCUCUAAUUCUUGUCACACCAAAGAAUGGUCGUAUUAAAUUAUGGAGAGCAGAUGGACCCAAAUAUAGUCAUCUUUUUGACUCUUGGAAAGCAUCGCCGGAAGUCAAAAUAGUUUUAUUUGAACAUACGGCUGAUCGCAGUCUUGUUCGUCCCUCCCAUUCAAAAGAUUGGUUAUUGUAGACUUUGGAUGGUGACUAAUUAAGGAUAUGUGUUUGUAAUAAAAAAAGAACUUAAAGAGAGUUUAGCAAUAUGGUUAGAAGGAUAGCAUCCGGAUAAACUUACCUUCAAGUUAUUCAAUUAGAUUUUCAAAGUUUCUAAGGAAAAGGAGUUAUCAUAUAUACACAGUAAUCAACACAAGAGAAUUCAGGUUGUUUCAUGCUUGGAAUUAAGAUCUAUGAUGUAGAAUGUAGACUUUAAUUUGUUCUCUUUCAUAUAUACACAGUAAUCAACACAAGAGAAUUCAGGUUGUUUCAUGCUUGGAAUUAAGAUCUAUGAUGUAGAAUGUAGACUUUAAUUUGUUC